AUGCAAAAGAAAGGAAUGUCCUACCUGAAUGACCCAACUGCGCUUGUCUUCACCGGGACGAUGCGUGCAAACGUCAAUGGGAUCAUUGAUAAGUCAUAUGACGUGGGGUUCAUCAGAACCAACUUUCUCGAAUCCUUGACAGCCCGAAACCCAAAUAUAAAUGCUUCAGCUAUCAAAGUCGUCGCAUUCCGAAAGGAUGAAGAUACCGUUGAUGAAGCAUUUCCCCUGGAUCGAUCUUCUGCUGAUGUGCCAGAGUGGCGUUUCUCUGCCGCUCCAUCUACGCCCGCCAGUAUCUCCAAGGAGGUCCAAGCGGUGUUGUUGGCACUCAAGGAACACGGCAGAGUUGGGCUAAUUAGGUCGGCGUGUAUGAACCUCCUACCGUGCACGGGCAUGGAUCUUUUGGUUUCGUCUUGCAGGCUGAAUAUCGUGGAUCAAGGGUUGCAGUCAAGCGAGCUCUUCCGCCAUCAAAAGGGGGCUCUGGUAGUGCCGAGAGUGCCCAGUUUGGGUCACCGUUGA